AUGAUCGCCAAACCAUUGCCUGAAGUUGAUCAUUUCAACGCUGUGAAGCCUACCAAGGCAGAUGUUCCAUAUGUCUCCCUCAGUCAGGUGGAUUUAUCCAAGUACAAUCAAGGCCGUGAAGCCCAGGAGGCCCUCGCGAAGCAAAUCAAACAGGCCAUGUCAACUCAGGGAUUCUUUAUCCUAAUAAACCACGGCAUCACUGUGGAAGAAAUCACUCGCCAAGUGGACAUUGGCCAUACCAUUCUCGGUCGCACUUCGGAUGAAGAGAAGUUGCGCCUGAAGGCCCCGAUCAUUGAGGAGGGCUCCUAUUUCGGGUUUAAACCUAUGGGCCACUGGCGCAACAAAGGCGCCGUCCGCGAUAAGAUCGAAAACUUUAACGCUUACCGGGACUUGACUUUGCGAGAGCAGCCUAAGGCUUUGGAGCCUUACCGACCGGAGAUCCAAAAAUUUAUCGACGACUGUCACAAAAGCAUCCUUCACAAGAUUCUCCACUUGUUCGGAAUCGCUCUCAAGUUGGAUGAUGAGGAGUACUUCGUCAAAGCAUUUGAUUAUAAGAAACAUGACGAGAGCUGGCUCAGAUAUAUGGAAUAUUACGAUGAUUACACCGAUGAGGAGCGCAAGGCUACAGGUGGACAGUGGCUGGAAGGCCACCGGGACCUGACAGCUCUGUCCUUUGUCUUCAGUCAGCCAAUGGCUAGUCUACAAGUUCGCGAUGUGGAUGACAAUGCUGAAUGGAAGUACGUUCCUCACAUCCCCGGUGCAGUCAUUGUCAAUGCCGGAGAGAUCAUGCAAUGGUGGACAGGAAACUACUUCACGGCAGCUAUCCAUCGCGUGCAUGAGCCUCCACAGGACCAACGCGGACACAACCGCUCCAGUGUCUUUUACUUUGCUGUUCCCAAUGAUGAUAUAGUGAUCAAUACACUCCUGGAUCAGAGUCCAGUGCUACGGGAGGCCGGCGUUGAAAUAGCCCAUGAGCCUGAGAAUGCACCAACUUCCAAAGAGUGGUGUAAUGCGCGAAUCAAGAUCACUCGUCGUGGUACUGUGUGGGAUAACGCUAAGGCGGAAGAUACUGUGGUGACUGAGAAGGUAGGCAAAGUCACUACCAAGUGGUUCCGGUAG